AUGUGUCCUAACCUCGAAACGAAGAAUGUUACAGAUGAUUCUACAUCGGUUAAAAAUGAUUGCAUUUUGGCUAAUCAGAGCAAUGAUCCUGAAGUCUUCAUGCAAACUCUAAAAGUAAAAUUGUGCAACGAAAAUAAAGGAAUUUCUGUGCGCGUUGUAAUAGAUACCGGGUCUCAGAAAUCAUAUAUCACAAAAGAAAUGUGUAAACUGAUAGGUUAUGAGCCUAUUUCGGAACAGCUAAUGAUACAUUCUUUAUUCGGUGGUAAAAAUUCCGGUACGGUUACGCAUAAAAAAUACAACGUUCGUUUGGAAAGUUUAAAUGACAGAAAUUCGUUUAAUUUCGUCGCUCUUGAUCAGAACGUGAUUUGCAAUCACGUACCCUCGGUAAAAAACGGUAUUUGGAUUCAAGAACUUAAAAAAUUGAACAUUAAAAUCAGUGAUUUCGAAACUAAUGAUAAUUCUGUUGCGUUGUUGAUUGGAGCUGAUUUUGCUGGCAGAUUGUUAACCGGUCAACGAAAACUUCUCGAUUGUGGUUUAGUUGCAGUGGAAACCGUUCUUGGGUGGACAUUGAUGGGCGAAGUUCCACAAAAUGAUAUUGAACGAGAGAAUCCUAUUUUACUUGCAACCACCCUAUUCGUGAAAAAUGAUAAUAUCAGUGAUUUAUGGUCUUUGGAAGUUCUGGGGAUAAAAGACCCGAUUGAAUUAAAAACACAAGGUCAACUCGAAGAAGAGGUUACCCAAGAGCUCCUGAAAACGCUAAAAAUGAAUGAAGAAGGCCGUUACGAAGUUGAAUUGCCGUGGUUACCAAAUCAUCCUGAACUAAAAGACAACAAGGACAUGGCUAUGAGACGUCUCCAAUCUACGGUGAAAAAAUUGAAGUCCGAGGAACUGUACGAGGCCUACGAUGCAGUAUUAGAUGACUGGAUGCAGGAAGGCAUAAUCGAGUACGUUCCAAAGGAAGAAGAAGAUCAAUGGGGUCGUUAUUUACCACAUCGCCACGUAUUGAAGGAAAAUAGUACAACCAAACUGAGACCAGUAUUCGACGGUUCAGCCAGGGAUAAGUCAUCACCGUCGCUCAACGAAUGUUUGGAGAGAGGUCCCAACCUCAUCGAAAUGGUAACAUCUAAUUUAUUACGCUUUCGUCAAGGUAAGAUUGGUAUCGUUUCAGACAUUAAAAAAGCUUUCUUGCAAAUUAGUAUUGAUCCUAGAGACAGAGAUUCCUUAAGAUUUUUAUGGUUAUCAGACAAUGGAGAAACUGUAAUUUUACGUCAUCGUCGAGUAGUUUUUGGUGUCAAUUCGAGUUCCUUUAUUUUAAAUGUCGUAAUAAAUGAGCAUUUACAAAAAACUUUAGACGGUUUACUUGAUGGAUCAAUAACAAAGUACAGUAAAGAAAAUAUUGCUAAACUCAAAAAAAGUUUUUAUGUUGACAAUUGUUUAGCAAGUGUCAAUUCAAGCGAAGAAUUAACGAAUUUCAUUAUCGAUUCUAGAGCUGUGAUGGAGGAAGCUGGGUUCGAUCUUCGAGGGUGGGAGUAUAAUCACGAUAACUCGCACCAAAGCCAAGCUGUAGUUCUGGGAUUGAUCUGGAAUAAAGAGGAUGACUGUUUUUCGCUGAAUCUGUCUGCCCUGGACCAGUGUUGA